ACAUGGAUUUUCAUCGCGUCCAAAUGGAACACAUAUAUCAUAAUUGCUGGAUUAUUCAAGCUAGGGUCAUGUGGAAGGCUCACGUAAAAGAGAAUGGCAUGGGAAACUUGUACCUUCAGUGCAUACUACUCGAUCGGCAUGGAUCAAAGAUGGAAGCGAUUGCAUUCAACAGCCAGGCAAUCCGUUUCAACAGCGUGCUAGAAACCGGUAGGACCAAUGAUUUCAAUCGCGUCGGGUUCAACCCCACAGAAAUGCCAGAUGGACAUUUCUGGUACCUAGCCAUGGACUUUGUCACCACACUAAGUUCUACGACCGAGGUUACGAUGUCGGCGCAGCAGAUAACGUCGACAAUUUGCCCACCGUGCUUCCCACAGUUUGGAGAAAUCUUUGAGCUAUGGGACAAAACCAUCACAGAUGUGGUUGCUAUCCUUGCCUAUGUUGGUCAGAUAGAAUUUAAGUGGGAUUCAAUAUAUAGGCGCCGCGUCCCUUCCCUCGAGAUUGGACUCAUGAACUUUCAACAGCAGAUAAUUUUCUUACGUGUACGUGAAGAGCACGUUGGGCCUCACUUCUGGCAUUUGCAAUACACUGACAAUCUGUUCGAGAAGUUUGCUGUAACUUACAUACAGGUAAAUCAGAGGCAGCGUUGCUUGCAAACUAUGAGGGAGAGCACAUUCUUCUUCUCUUCCAAUAUUAUUGAUGAUCAUCAUUAUCUACAAGAUAUCCAUGAAGCCAGCCUGAUGACACUUGAUGAAACACAUGCGUACGUCAAUCGUGUUAUUCAAGGUAGGAACAAUGGACGUCAGAAGUAUCACAGCUGAAAUUAGAGCAUCCUUGAGGGUUUUGAACGACUGACUAUACUGAUGCAUAUUCAAAUGUCGCAAAUAAAUGGCUUGUACAGUUUUGUUAUGGAUCGAAUUGAGAAUUAUCAUUUUGGCA